AUGACCGUCUCUAAUGCUCAGCUUUCGCAGCGCGAGGCUAUGGCAUUGACUGUGAACGAGAUAGUCGCUCAUCUCGUGGAAGCACAUCGUGAACACAAAGAUGUGAACUUGAAUCGGCUCAAAUGCGUGAUCGCUCAAAAGUACGGUUUGAGUUCUCAGCCAAAGUUGGUUGACAUCAUUGCUGGAGUUCCGAAUGAAUUUAAGGAUGUGUUGUUGCCGAAAGUUGAAAGCUAA